ACGCUACGAAAUGCGUUGUUUUGUUUCAAUUUUAUGGAUGUUCUAUAUGAUUACCUAUUGUAUUAAUGUUUGACGGUGGGCUAUUGAAACCAUCCUUGUAAUUGUCGCUGAGUUUAAGAGUUGUUGGGUCUUCCCGUCGAUUUGGUAGAGCUGUUGAAUCUGAUGAUCUAAGCGGCAGUCACGAUGGCUGGUCCAUCUCACGCUACUCCGUACCCCGUAUAUCGACGGGUGCUUCAGUCAGCCGUUUCAGCGAUUUGUCUUGAACAGGGUUUUGGUUUUUGUGAUGCUACUGCAAUGGAAACGCUUACUGAGAUGCUCCAAGCAACUCUGAUCGAAGUCUGCCAUUCAGCCAAGUCAUUUGCUGAACUUGGCGGGCGUACUGAAGCGAGCGCUCCUGAUGUCUGUUUGGCAAUCGCUGAUAUCGGCAUACGUUUCGAAGGUAUGAGAGACUACAUGCGACGGCCGGGCAAAAUACAAAUUGCCUCGCCCGGAAUACAAGCCUGCGUAACCACACCGCUUACGCUUCGAGCCGGUGAACGCAAGCCUCUACCAAGUCAUAUUCCCGAUCAUUUUCCUCCUUUUCCCGAUUCGCAUGCAUACAUCCGGACCUUAACACAUCGUCAGCCCGUCACUGAAUAUGUCGCCAUUCGUGAGAAGGUAGCCUCACAAAAACGCGAUAUUGAACGAGCACUCACACGCUUCGUGGCUAAGACUUCUGGCACUCAGACGCUAUUUCCUGAUAACCCUACGUUAUACCCGCUGAUUGCGUGUAAGCCUUCGCCCCAACCGUGGCUGGUUGCUCUUGAACCCAAGGACCAGGUGUUUGAAGAUGAAGAAGAUGACGAAAAAGAAGAACUAGUCCCAGAACGAGGAGAAAGUGGACAACAGCCCGACAACCCAUAUCUUCGUGGUGUAAAGAUGCCACGCAGAAGAUUCUGAUCGAAAACAAAGAUCAGAGGUGUAUAAAGGGUCUUAAUUGCCUCACCUUGUAUUAAAAGAAUGCUUUUCAUUAAGAGAAAGGAUAACCCCGUAGGUGUACAUAAUGCCUGAGUGUGCGGAUUCAAGUGUAGCUGCUAAUGCUGAUACCGAAAGGUUACCAUAAACCUGUAUAAAUUGCGCUCUUGUGUAAACUUUGUUAUUCUUAUUGUGUGCAACGGAUCAAAAAUACUAUUAUAAGUAA